AUGAAGUUUGAUGUAAUUAUUCAUGUUUUUGGUGAGAUAUACAAUAUAGAAGAUGUCGACCCUGAUGAUUUUAGUUUGGUUCGUCUAUUGUCUGAUUCUAAUUUAAUAUCUAUUGGAGAGAGGAUUAUAAUUGAUGAUUAUUUCAAGUUAGGGGUUGACAUUUUAGGAGCUAAAGGCAGUGAUGCAGAUGAAGAGACACCCAUUUCUAGGAUGGCUAGAUAUAUGAUAGGGAGGGAGGUUAUAGAAUCUACAAGGACGAUAGAGUUUCAAGAAGGUCAAAUUUUUGAAGAUGGUUAUCAUUUUAGGAAAGUAUUGAAAGAUUAUGUGAUCCAAGAAGGAUUUACAUUAGCUAGAGAGAAAAAUGAAAAGACAAGAGUAAGUGCUAAAUGUGGUACCUAUAAUUAUCCUUGGAGAAUUUAUGCCUCUCAAUUGCUAGAUGGUGUGACAUUUAAAGUCAAGAUAUGUAAAGAACGACAUACUUACAUAAGAAAAACAAAAAAUGCUAAAGUAACUUCUAAUUGGAUUGCAAGUAAACUUGAAUCACUGAUUCAAUCAAAUCCUGAUGUUAAAAUAGGAGUAUUAGAGAAUGAUUUAAGAACAACCUAUGGGGUUAAAUGUGGUAAGCAGAAAAUAUAUAGGGCAAAGAAGAAGGCUCUUGAUAGGAUGGGAGGGGACCAUGCUGGGAGUUACAAAAAACUAUACAAAUAUGCAAACAUAUGGAUGAUACAAAAUCUUGGUACUAUGGCAUUGAUAAAGGCUGCUAGACCAGCCAUCAUUGACAAUCCACAAUUUCAAAGGUUUUUCCUUAGUUUUCUUGCACAAAAGCAAGGAUUUUUAACUGGAUGUAGGUCUUUUAUUGGCCUUGACGGAUGCCAUUUAAAAGGACCUUUCGGUGGAAUUUUAUUAUCUGCUGUGGCAUUAGAUGCAAAUAGUGGGAUAUUUCCAAUUGCAAUAUGUGUAUGUGAGGGGGAAAGCACAGGUACAUGGGGUUGGUUUUUAAAUUUGUUGAAUGAAUAUAUUGGGGAAGUUGAAACUAGGAUUAUUUCGUUUAUGUCUGAUAGACAAAAAGGAGUAUUAGCAAGUUUGCAGCAAAUUUUCUCUCAACAUAAAACUAGAUUUUGUGCAAAGCAUAUUUAUGCCAAUUUUAGAGGAAAAUUUUCAGGUUUGAAGCUUAUGGGUUUGUUUUGGGCAGCAGCAAGGGCAACAAAUGCUCAAGAUUUUAAAAGGAAUAUGGAUGAGAUCAAGGUUGUUAAGGAGGAUGCAUAUAAAUGGUUAAUGGAAAUCCCUUUUUGCCACUGGUCUAGACAUGGUUUUGAUAAAAGUGUUAAAAAUGAGCAUAUCACAAAUAAUAUAAUUGAGAGUUUCAAUAGUUGGCUUGGUGAGAGUAGACAAAAGCCGAUAAUUACACUUAUUGAAGAUAUAAGGAGGAAAGUUAUGAAAAUGUUGUAG